AGGUUUCAACAAGGUAGUAAGCGGGCGGUAACAGGUCAGUAUGGGUUGGUUCCAGCGACAUUACAACUGGUGGAUACUGAUUAGUGUGUGUUUGGGUUCCACGGGCAUGGGUCUUCCUUUCUUCAGUUACGGAGCGCUUCUCCCUUAUCUAUCAUCGCUAUUCUACCAUAACACCGGAGAGAUAACAAGCCAGGCAGCAAUGUCUCUCCAACCUGUUAUACUGCUCAUGGGCAUCGCUCUUACAGGGUUCAUAUCGGGUAUCCUGGAAAAGUACAUGAACGUUCGGCUCCUACUCUUCAUUCUUACCACCCUGUACGUAGCAGUGGUAGCGGUUUCUUACUACAUUGAAACUUAUUACUUUCUUACCAUUUCUGUGAUCUUCAUAGGAACGCUUGCUGGCCAGAUUAACAUUUGUAAUGUGUCAAGGUUGUCAGAGUGGAACCCGCGGAAGGCAGGGACUGCGAAUGGAAUCAUGGGGUUUUUUAUGGGGAUUUCUGGGUUUAUCGGUUCAUUCCUCUGUACUGUAGUCAUUAAUCCGUACAACAAACAACCAGUCGAAGUAAGCUGUGGAAAUGAAACAGCGAUGUUAUUUGUAGAUAGCUCAGUUAUAGACCACACACAGUACAUUUGGCUGGCAUGGGCUUUUGUCUUAGCUUUGCUAUUUUUACCCGGUCUAUUUAUCCUGCGACCGCCUCUCCCGGAAGAAGAGAGGAAAUUGUUUGACUCCAUGAUAGAGAGCUAUGAAGCAGGAGAAGAGAGAUCACCAUUGAUACAGAACAAGAACUCAGACUACGGAGAGAGGGACACUGAUCCUGAUAAUAUUCCUUAUGAAAUAUACGCGGCUGACGAGUUUGCUGAGUCUGCCAAAUCUGCCGAGUCUGCAGAACCAGACCCGGAUUACAGUAUCAAGGAGACGUUGAAACAGCCAAGGUUUUACGUUCUAUACCUCGUGGUCUCUACUUUAUCUCUGACUCUACUGACUUCAUCAGAAUUGUACAAGGUCAUAGCAAUCGAAGCAAUCAAUGACGAUAGAUUUCUUAACAUGGUUGGAGCAUUAGCCUCGGUAAUGAACGCGUUCGGAAGAUUGACGUGGGGUAUGAUAUUGGACCAGAUCGGAAUGAGAUACACCUUCACACUUUCAUUCCUUGUUAUGGGUCCUCUAACUAUUUCACUUCACUACACAAAAUGGAGUCGGUAUGGUUACCUAGUUAAUCUCUGUAUAGUUACUUUUUGUACCGGGAUUUUCACCUGCAUUGCUCCAGCCUGUCAAGAAUUAUUUGGUCGAAAGGACAUUUCAAUGAAAUAUGCGGCGAUUCUCAGCGCUGAGGGAGUAGGAUGUGUUUUAUUCUUUGUCAUGCAACUAGGAAAAGACUUCCUGUAUGGAGAGCUAGCUUUCCUUAUCAUGAUGGGGAUUCCUGCUAUAGUGGCUUCGUUACUAGCAUAUGUUACCUUCAGCCGAUGUGUGUGUCUAAAUUGCUUAGAGUGGAUGUACGAGAAAUACAAGAAUAAUGACCAAUAAAGAAUAAUGACUAAUAAAGAAUAAUGACCAAUAAAUAAUAAUGACCGAAAUUAUGUUAACAAAUUAUGAACUAGUUAUUUAAUAUUUAAAUACUAAUGCUUAUUACUUUUGAUGAUGUCUUGAUCGAACGUUUCAAUUAGCUUUUAUUGUUUGUAUUCAACUAAAGAAUAGGAAUUGUCUUUUAAUGUUUAACUUUUAUCUGUAUUUUUUAUAAACAUAUUUGCAAUUUUUAGUGUGCAGUGACCAGCACCGUUUUUUAAUGAUUUUGGUUCAAAUAGUUUUGCCACCGCGACCGGACCAGCACUUUAUCCUAUAAACCCGGCUAACUUAACCGUAAUUCUAACACUGGCCUCCUCUAGACCUCCAAAGUUAAAGUAUGAAGUACGCCACGAUCAUCGUCUCUGAUCUUGUGCGUGAAGUGUGAAGUGAGACAAAUCUAGCUGGGGCAGAACGAAAGUUUUUCACUUUUAUAUUACAAUUAAUACUAGUCGAAUCUUUUUAUCUAUUUAUCUAUUAAUCUAUUUAUCAUACAUUUUUUGUACCAUAUACCCCUUUCUUCAGAAAAUUAUCAGAUGAUGAAUUGUAAUUAUGAAUUCAUAAUUGUUUCUUUUCAAUUUUAAAUUUGUCAACCAGCAC